AUGCAGAUUGACAUGAAACAACUCAGGUCCAUGGAUAUUUCUCGAGAUGGAAAGUCUGCCUGGUUUCAGGGCGGUGCAUAUUCAUAUGAGGUCAUACCAUUUUUAUGGGAUCGUGGUUAUGUUACAAGCACCGGCUCCAAUCAAUGCGUUGGUCUCACAGGCCCUGCUUUGGGCGGUGGCCAUGGACGAUACGAGGGUCUUUACGGCCUAGCUGGCGAUAACAUCAUUGAGAUGAAAGUUGUCCUAGCAGAUGGGUCGAGUAUCACAGUCAGCGAGAAAAGCAAUAAAGAUCUCUUCUGGGCGAUGCGAGGUGCAGGCCACAAUUUUGGCAUCGUUACGAACCUGAAGCUCAAGAUCUACCCCGCCAAAAUAAAGACAUGGCACUACCAUAACUACUACUGGGGCCAAGAUAAGCUCGAAAGGGUUUUUCGUGAACUGAACAAGCUUCAGGAUGAUGGGAAGACGCCUCCACUUCUCGGUGUGGUAUUUGGACAGAUCUAUAUCGAUCCUUCCAUCAAUCGCGACGAGGCCAUCCUCUGGUUCACAUUUGCCUAUGCCGGACCAGCUUCCGAGGCCGAAAGACUCUUGCGCCCUUUCAACGCCAUCGACGCUAUCAAAGAUGAGAUGGGUGACGUGCCUUAUCCCGAGAUUCCCGUGCGCCAAAACACAGACCUAUCUAAUUGUAUUUCUGCUCGCUUCUCUUUGGCCAGUGUCAUGCUGCAGACUUGGAACAUCACGGCAGAACGAGCUCUCUACAAUCAUUUCAUGCGCAAUGUGGCAUUAUACCCAGACUUAGCCGUAACUGCUCGCCUAUACUACGAAGGAUAUGCGCAUAAAGGAGUGCAGGCUGUCGAUUCUGCGUCCACCGCUUACCCCCACCGUGAUGAGUAUCAUAUAGCCUUCUUCGCAACCGUGGUCCCUGAGGGGUCCAAUUUACUGGAUCCAGCGGAGAAAUGGGCUCGAGAAGCUCGUGAUAUGUGGUACAAGGGAGCUCCUACGCGCAAACCGGCGACGUAUAUCAACUACGCUUCUGGAAACAAGUAUGAGAGUCUCAAGUCAAUCUAUGGCUACGAGUCGUGGCGCCUAGCUAGACUCCGAAAGCUCAAGGCCAAGUAUGACCCGAACAAUCGGUUCCGUUUCUACGUUCCGAUUCAGUCGGAUUAA